CAAAGAGAAACAGAUCAAUACUGGACACAUAACCAUUUAUUAAUGUAACUUAAACAGGCUCUCUGUAGAAAUCGUGAAGAUCAGACUCCACAGAUUGUUAAAACAAGUUGCUACACAACAGUUGGCACUACAACCGAAGAAUCAAACACGCUGGUGUUCUACAAACAGCUAAGACCCUUGACCUUCAUCAAUAUGAACCUGACUGCCCAUCUUCUGGACCUCAUGCUGAAGGCUUCCAACCUCUCUCGCUGGCAGUUCAUCCAGGAAUUCUCCAUUCCUCCUCUGGUGGCUGUGCCCAGACUCCCUAGUGCCCUGCUUCCAGUUUUUGGCCUGCUCUAUGUGCUCAUCUUUGGGCUUGCAGUGGUGGGAAAUGGGGCGGUGCUGGUUCUCUUAUGUCACAGGAAGGCUCUGCAGUCUCCCAGCACCUUCUUCAUUUGCUCUCUGGCACUCAGUGACCUCCUAAUAUCCAUAGUGUGUGUUCCUGCCACACUGCUGCAGCACUUCUUCACCAACUGGUUGGCAGGAGAUUUUCUGUGUAAGUUAAUACCAUUCCUACAAGUGACGGCCAUCGGGACCAGCAUGCUCACCAUGACAUGUAUUGCUAUAGAACGUUUCCAGGGAAUCCUUUAUCCUCUGCAUGUCCACAACAGCUACUUUCUUUGCCAUGCCUUCAAAAUGCUAGUGGCUGUGUGGUUGGUUGCCCUCGCAAUCGCAGCUCCCAUGUGGUUUGUUCAGAAAGUAGAGGUGAAAUAUGACUUCCUGUUUGAUGUCCACCAUACCUGUUGUUUGGAAGUAUGGCCAAGCCAGAGGCAGAGGAGAACCUACACUACCUGUCUGUCCGUCCUGGUGUUUCUGGCCCCCUUGUUGACCAUGGCCAUCCUGUACUGGAAGAUCAUGCGAGAACUCUGGGGCAAGCACAAAGUACAUGAUGUCAUGUUUCAAAUGCUCCCAGGAUCUGAAAUCAACAAGAUUACCAGGAGGAAGAAGCGUGCAGUAAGAAUGAUGGCCACCGUGGUGAUGCUCUUUGUCGCCUGCUGGGCGCCCUUCCAUCUGGUCUCCCUCCUGCUUGACUACGGUCAGCUGGACCUUGAUCUUGACUCCGAGUUUCUCUUAGUCAGCGUGGUUCAGAUCUUAGGAUUCAGCAACUCUGUGUGUAACCCGCUGGUUUAUGCUGCCCUCAACACCACCUUCAAAAGGGACCUGCUGGCUCUGCUCACCCGAGGAUGUUCAGGUGCAAGAGGUUGUUGCUGUAGCUCAUGUUCCUGUUGGUCCUGGAGGAGUCACAGACGAGUGGGCAUCUCAGCAGUGGAAUCAGUGGAACCCAGACGGUGCCUGGAGACAACGUGUAGGCAACGAGGGAUCAGAUCGUGUAGUAAAACAGCAUGGGAGGCUGAACCAGAGAGGCCUACGACUAACAUGUUUCCCCCCAUGAACCUUCUUAGUGCCAUCAGGCCCAAAAAGACCUCCAGUACCAUGAUACUAAGUGUUAUUGACCCUCCACACACAAACAGCACGUCUGGAUCGGACCGGCAUCUCACAGGGAUACUGGCUAAUGAUGUGGAUUCAACAACCUGUAGACGGCAGUUUUCAGACCUUUGAAGGAUGUUUUUGGAGCUCAGUUAAUAUCUCCACGAUAAGCAUUGGAGAGUGUGCUUGCAUCAUGGAGUGUGGAUUCUGUCUGCAUGGAUGGGGCCCAAAGUCUACUGGAAGUUCUGGGAGUCAGCAGGUACUCGCAGAGGUCUUUGGAA